UCUCUCUCUCUCUCUCUCAAACUGAGUCUCACUUUCACUCUCUCUUAAAUAAGCUUUUGCUCCCAAUGUCACCAUGUCUUCGAGACGCCUUGCUCUCCUUCCUCCUCUCCACGCGUCUCUCUCUCUCUGACACUAUCACAUUAAAUUCCUAAACCCUCCAUUUUCCUUCUUCUUCUUCUUUCUUCUUCCUCAUUCUUCUUCUGGGGCUAACAGCAACUACUACUACUACUAGAACUGUAGAACCCCAAAAGAGAAAAGCACAUUUUUUCACUAUUUUCUCACUUGUUUUUUAUUUUUUGGUUGGUUUGGUUGUUUUUCUGAGGUGGGUUUUUGAGAUCAUUGAAGAAAAAUGGCACCUUUAUUCAACAUGUUUGGGAAGAACAAAGAGAGCCAUAGAGGUACCCCUGUGGUGGUGAAGAUGGAGAAUCCAAACUGGUCCAUGGUUGAACUUGAAGCUCCUUCUGAAGAAGACUUCAUUGUUACAACAACAGCAACAACAACAUCACACAACACUUCAUCAAGAGACAAAGCAAGAGGGAAAAACGCAAAGCAACUAACUUGGGUUCUUCUCCUUAAAGCUCACAGAGCCGCAGGUUGUUUGGCUUCUUUGCCUCCUGCAUUGUUGUCCCUUGCUUCUGCUGUUAAACGACGUGUCGUUUCUGGAAGAACUGAUGCUGAAAACGACAGUGAUGUUAAUGGUGUUGGUGUCGGUGUUGGGAGGGAGAAGGAAAAUCAUAGGGUUAAGGCAAGGUUCUAUUAUUGUAUCAAGUUGUUUCUUUAUUUAUCUGUGAUCUUACUUUGUUUUGAGGUUGCUGCUCACUACUUCAAAGGUUGGAACUUUGUUCACUUUGGUGCACCCCAUCUUCAUUUGGAGCAAUUUUGGUCACAUUUUGGGGUUAAGGGCUUGUUUGGUUGGGUUUAUUCUCGGUGGGUCUUGAUCCGUGUGGAGUACCUUGCUCCACCAUUGCAGUUCCUUGCCAAUGUCUGCAUUGUGUUGUUCCUUAUUCAGAGCUUGGAUAGGCUUGUGCUUUGCUUGGGUUGUUUUUGGAUCCGGUAUAAGAAGAUCAAGAAUGUUGCUGCUGAAGAUUAUGGUGAUUUAGAUCUUGAAUCUGGGGAGAAGAAAGGGUUCUUUCCUAUGGUGUUAGUCCAGAUCCCCAUGUGCAAUGAGAGAGAGGUUUAUCAGCAAUCGAUUGGUGCUGUUUGCAAUUUGGAUUGGCCUAAGUCCAAGUUGCUAAUUCAAGUUCUAGACGAUUCAGAUGAUCCAAUAACACAAUCUUUGAUCAGUGAUGAGGUGAAGAAAUGGCAACAAGAGGGUGCCAACAUUGUGUAUCGGCAUAGGGUGAUCAGAGAGGGUUACAAGGCAGGUAACUUGAAAUCUGCCAUGAGUUGUAGCUAUGUGAAAGACUACGAGUUUGUCGCAAUUUUCGAUGCUGAUUUUCAGCCUACUGCUGAUUUCCUUAAAAGAACAGUUCCUCAUUUUAAGGAUAACGACGAAUUGGGAUUAGUUCAAACGAGAUGGUCUUUUGUGAACAAGGAUGAGAACCUUUUAACACGGUUACAGAACAUUAAUUUGGCUUUCCAUUUUGAGGUUGAGCAGCAAGUAAAUGGGAUCUUCCUUAAUUUCUUUGGGUUCAAUGGCACCGCCGGAGUGUGGAGAAUUAAGGCCUUGGAGGAUGCCGGUGGUUGGUUGGAGAGGACCACUGUUGAGGACAUGGACAUUGCCGUUCGAGCUCAUCUUCAUGGCUGGAAAUUCAUCUUCCUCAAUGAUGUUGAGUGUCAAUGUGAGCUACCAGAAUCUUAUGAAGCUUAUAGGAAACAGCAACAUAGAUGGCAUUCCGGACCAAUGCAAUUGUUUCGCCUUUGUUUGCCCGCCAUCAUACGCUCGAAGAUAAGCUUAUCAAAGAAAUUCAACAUCAUAUUUCUGUUCUUUCUUCUUAGAAAAUUGAUACUACCCUUCUAUUCAUUCACACUAUUCUGCAUAAUUCUGCCAAUGACAAUGUUUGUCCCGGAAGCCGAGCUCCCUGCUUGGGUUGUUUGCUACAUUCCGGCCACAAUGUCAUUCCUUAACAUCCUUCCCGCCCCGAAAUCUUUCCCUUUUAUAGUCCCUUACCUUCUCUUUGAGAACACAAUGUCAGUCACCAAAUUCAACGCCAUGAUCUCCGGCCUAUUCCAGCUCGGUAGUGCGUACGAGUGGGUUGUAACCAAGAAAUCCGGCCGAUCCUCUGAAGGCGACCUAGUUUCCAUGGUCGAGAAACCACCAAAGCAUCAUCAAAGAGUGGCCUCGGCACCUGUUCUCGCCGAAAAUAACGAAGAGAUCCAAAGGCAAGAGAAGAAGAAAAUUGCAUCAUCAUCCUCAUCAUCAUCAAAGAAGAAUAAGAAGCAUAAUAGAAUAUAUAUGAAGGAACUUGCUUUGGCCUUUUUGCUUCUAACAGCCUCAGCAAGGUCUCUUCUUUCAGCACAAGGAAUCCAUUUCUACUUCUUGCUUUUCCAAGGGAUUUCAUUCCUUUUGGUUGGUCUAGACUUGAUUGGUGAACAAGUUGAUUGAGAUUGAAUCUUAUAAUAAAACAGCACAGGAAAUUUUUAAUUUUUUUUAAUAUGUAAAAAGAUACAUGCAUGGAGAAAACUAUAUACACUUGAAAGAAAAAGUGUGGACAAAAGGCAUGCCCUUAAGAAUCACUUGAAGACAAAUUAUUGGUCACACGCUUGCAAGGUUCCAAGAUUCCAAAUUAAGCCCUAUGGGAAGCUUCAAAGUCUGUUAUUAAGAACACAUAAAAAGAAGGGUUUGAUUUGGAAUAAAGGGUAAGUAGAAUGGAAGCCUAGUAAUUAGUUAAUGCCUCCUUCAAUGUGCAAGUUUUUACCCUUUUUUUAUUUUUACCUUUACCACUUUGUAAUUUUAUGGUGUUUAUUCUUUUCUUGUUGGAUCAAUUCUUUUGUAAGAAAAAUUUGUGGUUUAAGAUUAGAAUCUCAAUUGAGUUGGCACUGAAAAAGUCAAGAUUAUCCUCCUUAUCUUUGUGGCAUGAAGAGAAUAGUGCAAAGUCAUUACU